GGUACCGUGUUAGAGACGCAUGGAAAAAUUAGUGCUAACGGACAAGCCAUUCAAAGGUAAGGAGUAUCUGAAAUGCAGCAACAGGAGAGAAUGAUUUACAGUUGGUUGGCGUUUUGGAGUCCACACCUGGGUGGAAUUAGUCUGUCUUCUGGCAUCAGCCAAAUUCUUGUGCAGAGAACUUGAUAAACAUGGCCUCUGUACCCACCACACAGAUGGUCCCUUCUUAGCUAUGACUUCAGCAAGAAAAUCAUACAAGCUAUAACAGUGGCUCUAAACAUGUACUUCAAAGAUCUGGGAACACGGCUCUCUAUUUUGGACUCCCAGGCUGGUAGAAAAGCUCUUGAUUUCCAUGUCUGAGAAGUCUUGAACCCUCUUGUUUUAUGAGCAUAUUUAUUCUGUGCUGUUGCACAGGCUCAGAGGAACCUCAAGAUCUUGUCCAUGUCUAGGUAAGUUUAUAUGGCUGGCAGAAAAGUCAGAACUUCUGAAAGAAAUUCUGCUGGGAUUCAAGUAAUCUCCAGAGAUAAUAUCUCCCAUGAAUAAAAGUUUCAGGAAAUUCUACUGAUGGAACUGUUUAGUUCAGCUCUAUGGUCAUGCAAUUAAGUGACUGCUAAACUGUAGCUCCCUGCAGACAGCUGUCUCUUUGAUCCUAGGUAGUGGUCCUAGGCACAUUAAAUAUUUUAGCUCAGCUGCUAGUCUCACUAAAAACUCUACUAGGACUUUGAUGUUGGGAAGAUUCUACUCAAAGUACCCAAACUCCUUGAAGCUCGGCUGCCUCUUAUCUUGGAGGCAGAGCAAAUGGCUGCUGAAGGCAAUCAAAUAUCAGUGGCAGCAAAAUGUGUAGUGAUUCUUUAUGGUCCAAGCGUCGUCUGCUUGGGAGGGUGGUGCUGAAAAUAACACGAGCGUGGUGAUGUCUUGAGGAUCGAAUUCUUUGUUGGAGACCGUAUUAAUUGUGGCAUGGUAUGAUCCUGCAAUUUCACCCAGCUGAAACCUCUCACGCCCACGAUCACAGUUGUAAAGCCUAUAUGCACCCAUGGGUGCUUAUUUACAUUUUCUUUAUGCUUCCAAAAGGUACCUUCUGUUAAAAGUCCUGGAAACAGAACAAAAUAUAUUGGAACUCUGCUUAUGUUUUGCUAAGGGCUUGUGCACAGGGGGAAGCUGGCCCCUUGGGGCAAUGUAGCUAUUAUUAGCAGAAUAAUGUUGCUAUAGCUAUGCUGGUAUAACCCCCCUGUGUGGACACUCUAUUCCAGAAUAAUUACUCCACUUCCAAUAAUUAUUCCACUUUAUCUAUGCAAGUCAAUUUCCCUGUAUAGACAAGUCCUAAAUGACCCUAAUUGGACUUCUACAAGUUUUUAUUAAACAAUGACCCUGUAGGGAGGCGGUCUGGUUCCCCGCCGCCCCAGAGAGGGACGAGCCUCUCUGGACACCAAAGUGGACAGAGCCAGCGAACCCUGCGCCCGCCCCUCAGAGGUCAGGGCACAGGGCAGGAAGUAUAAAAGCCCGGCCCCAGAGUUCACUUGGAACACAGCCAUCGGAGAGGCCAGACGCCUCUGGCGUAACUCCCAGUUGGGAGACUACAGCAAUCGGCGGCCGACCUGAGGACUGGCCGGACCUGCCAAUGCCUGAUGCUAGCCCGAGCCCAGAGAUGCAGCCAAGCCAACCGUGCACCAGUUACCCCGAGGAGCCCAUGGUGUGCGACCCCUUGGAGGACUCCGUCCGGACCCAGGUUUUGAUUAUAUAAGGGCUCCCUGCUUCACCUCAGCUACCCAAGAACAGAGAAAGCAAGAAAGCUCUGGAGAGCUACCAGGCAUCAGCGAAGGGAGCCAGACCAGAUCCAGGGAUCAGAGCUGAAGAUGUUAAAGGUUUUGGGAAUCGUCCUCUUCUGUAGCCUGCUGCCUCUAUCUCAGGGAGUGGUCCCUGGAGUCUUUUCUGUAGUCAGUCCAGAGGGAAUUCAAAAUGUUGUCUCAGGUGCAUUGCUUCAGGAUGGGCUUCUCCAAAAGCAUCUCCAGGCGAUACAGAUCCCCGACAUCGUGAGCGGAGGGGGCCUGCUCGGUUCAUUCAUCAGCAUCACAGGACUAGAAGUUGUUAACGUCCAGCUGCCCACGGUGUCGGUGACGCUGCUGCCGGGAAUUGGGGGCCAGCUGACCUUUGCUACGAAGCUGGAGAUCGAUGGCGACUUGUUGCUAUCUGGUCUGAUCCAUAUUUCAGUGGACGUGAACCUUAACGCAAAAGUCAGGGUGACCGACUAUUCAGCGGGUGUCUCCCAAGUUGUAAUUGAAGACUGCCAGUCCCUGCUUGGUCCCUUUGACAUCCGGCUCCUCUCAGGUUUGCUGCCAAUAUCAGUGAAUGGAUUAGUGUCUAGCACCCUUACGACAACUCUGCCUAGCCUGUUGUGUCCAGUAGUCAACAACAUCGUCACGCUCGUGAACGUGCAGCUGCUGGGCACCCUGAAUGCGCUGGUCCCACUUGGUGCCGUAGGAAAGAUCCAGUAUCAGUUAGCCAGCCUUCCACUGAUAACUGAGCUGCAUGUCGGACUGGAUUUAAAUACCGUGAUCCAUCAGGUGGGAGGAGGUAACAUCUCCCUCCCUGGCAGCGCCGUCCCCGUGGCCCUGCCUGCCCUGCAGGGCAAUGUUCUGAACCUGGGGCUGAGCCAGGCUUUCCUCAAUGCCGCGCUGUCCCUCCUCGUCCAGAUCCAGCCACAGACGUUUAUUUCUACAUUGGACGUGUUCUCUGGUGCCACCCAGCUGAUGGACGCCAUCGUGGCUCUGAUUCCUGCUGGGUGUCCCAACUGCUCUGUGGUAUCUCCUCUGAACAUUAAAAUAACAGCGCUUGGACCCCCACUCAUCACUCUGGAAGCAAACAAAGCCACUGUCAAGCUCUCGGUCACGAUUCAGGUGUUCACGAAAUAUUCGGAUGGAACCAUCCAGACGCUCCUUGCCCUGAAGGCGGACCUUGUUUUAAAUGCCCAGGCCUCUGUUGCUGGAGACAAGCUGCUGCUCAGCGUAUCCCUGACCAGUGCGGAUCUAGUCUUGGAAUCUUCAGACGUCGGCAUCGUUAGCGUCUCUGGUCUCGGGACGUUGAUCAAUAAACUUUUGGUGGAAACUUUUGUGCCGCUCAUCAAUGAGGCUCUGGCUGUCGGACUCCCACUGCCGAACGUGCUGGGCAUUAAGCUGAUUAACGCUGUUCAGAUUGUGGAGGGCCUGGUUGUGGUGCGUGUGUGAGCCUGGAAAGCGCAAAGCAGGCCGAGGGCUUUGUGGUGACAGCGCUGACAGCAGAAAGAGAGCCAGAAAGACCCACAAGAAUGAAACGUCUAGACUGAUAUCAUCCUAUUUCUUUUUCUAGCUUGAUUCAAGACUGAGUCAGAUUUUCAGGUAGUUUAGGCCUAAUUUGCACGUGUAAGUACUAGGAUUGCACGGUCAAACGCCAGCUAAGAACAGUGCACGCCAAUAACGAGAUGAAUUAGCAGCGUUUGUGUACUGCAGGUGAGGUUAGGUAUGUAGCUGAAUGGCUAAACUCUCUGAAAACCUGGUCCCUGGCGGGAUAGUGUCCCAGGUGAUUCUGAGUUUUACAUGGGAAAACACAGUAGAUUUAGUAUAAUGAACAAGUGAUGGUUAAGUAAAUUUCACCGUCUCGAGGUCAGGAGAGUUUCCUGUGCCAAGCAGUGGAUUAUGGGUAGGCAGGGGUGUGUUUCACUUUUUGUAACUCUUUUAAUAAACAUUUCUACUUUUUCAACACUC